AUGAGCGCUACAUAUCAAGACAUUAAUUUUAAUGAAGUUGUUGUCACGGAAAACAAAUCAAACAAUGGACAACAAGAAAAAAUCGACAGCGAAUAUGAAGAUAACCUAUCUGAAACGAUAUUUCUUAGUGAUAUGAGUCAUUUUUCAAAAACAAGCGUAGAAUCAUUACAAGAUUUAGGAAGAGAUAGUGAUGAAUCGAUUCCACCACCUACCCCGACAUCGAAAUCUAUUCGCGAGAAAAUUGGUUCUCGAAUUAUAGCUGUUAAGGAAAGACGACACGCAAAUAGAGAAAAAAAGAGAGAGGCACGUGAGAAGGUUCAAAAGUUUGUUUUCGCGAACACUCCUGAUCAUGAUUUCGACAAAGUUAUUAAGAGAAGCAAGUUCGGAACAGUUUCCAUAGCACUAAUUGAAGCUUCCGUCAUGGAAAAAGAAUCAUUUGACGAUAAAUGGCGUUUUUUAUGUUGUCGCUUAAGGUUAGGUACAGAGAAGAGAAAAUCUAAAUUGAUAAAAAUAAAUAGUUCGGUGGUGAAAUUUCAAGAGCUACUAAACAUAAACAUGUUCGACGAUACACUUUUGGAAAUAUCUCUUUGGGAUCGUGAUGUAUUCAUUAGCAAACAGGUUCUCGACUUGUCUCAAGUAGAGAACGAACAGACACACAGGAUGAAAAUUAUUUUAGAAGAAGAAAAUUCUCAAACUACGUAUGCGAAUGUUCAAUUAUUUUUUCUUCUCACAAUAAGUGGAACCAAUCUAAUCAAUACAAUGAUUGACCUUGAUGAUUACCAAAAACUUCAACAAAAAAUGGACAUUGAAAGAAAAAAUUUCGCUUGGUACAGAUUGAGAAAAUUGACAGAUGUAGGCUGGCUGUCUGUAAUUGUCUUUGGUGCCAAAGGGAUCACGUCGACUGACUGCUAUUGUAUACUGAAACUAAACAACGAGAGACUGUUUACACAUACCGAAUAUAAGACACAAGUACCGAAUUGGAUGAAGAUAUUUUCUUUCACAGUUACUGAUGUAACAUCAAUGUUAGAAGUUAUAGUUUGGGAUGAAAAAAGAUCAGAGGAAGUGGGAAAGGUUUCAAUACCGCUGCUGAAAAUAAAUACCUCGUGUAAAAAAUGGUACGCACUCAAAGGAAUCAAUCAAAGAGAAAGGGCAAGAGGAAAUAAUCCAAGAAUACUGUUAGAAAUGGGAAUUACUUGGAAUCUCGUCAAAGCAUCUAUACGCGUCAUAAAUCCAAAAGAGGUGAAUCUAUUGCAAACUGAAGAAAGGUUAGACAGGCAAACGUUCGCACGUAAUAUAACACGGGCGAAAGCAAUCAUAUCUUGGAUUGUGGACGCUUACCAGACAUUUAAAACAAUGUUCGAGUGGGAGUCUAUGAGAUGUAACAUGUUGGCUUUAACAAUUUGGAUACUUUUUUGUUGGUUUUUUAAAACGUGGAUGCUGCCCCUCCUUUUACUUAUACCUUUUGCAUGGUACAACCCCACAAAAAGUUCGGUAUUGGCAAUUAGAAGAAGAUUUCAGCGAAUACCGUUAGAAGCUAACGAAAUAUCAAAACAGGAAAAAGAAGAGAAGAAUUUAACACUGCGACAAAAAUUAAACUCCCUUCAAGAUAUGGUGCAAACGGUACAAAAAAUAAUCGGACAAUUCGCCAGUCUGGGGGAGAGUAUUAAAAACCUUUUUAAUUUCUCGGUUCCUUUCCUGAGUUUCUUAGCGAUAUUUCUAAUAAUGCUGAUAACUUUGGUAAUGUACUACAUUCCGCUGAAUUACAUACUCAUGGCCUGGGGAAUACACAAAUUUACGAGAAAGAUCCUUAAGCCUAAUCGAGUGCCUAACAAUGAAAUUUUAGACUUACUUUCAAGAGUACCUGACGAUGAAACAAUGUUGAACUGCGAAGAGUUUACUUUAGCAAAUUUGUCUGACGAAGAUGAGCAUUUG